UUGCUCCCAAACUCGCUGCGCUCUCCGACCGCCGCAACUUUUGCAGAGCGACUCGCCGCCGCUCGCAGCUCCCCAGUCGCCCGCCCGCUCGCCCCGCGGACAUGUCGCCCAGCAGCUGAAGUGGAGACCUGCAUGUCACCGUGGCUCAUCGGCCGAGCCUGCAGGAGAAACGCGGUGGUGGGGACUCGAGCCGCGCGGCUGCUGCCUCUCCUCCUCCUCCUCCUCCUCCUCCUCUGUCCCUCUCUCCUCCGCGUCGCGACCCGCACGUCCGCGCCGCCGCUGCCGCCGCCGCCGCCGCUGGUGGUGGAGGAGGAAGAAGAAGAAGAAGAAGAAGGAGAAGGAGAAGGAGAAGAAGAGGAGGACACCCCGCUGUUGGAUGAUAUGAAUUAUGAGCAUCUUCUUCCUCACUCAUGAACCGGGCCGGUAGCGCAGGAGACCGCGGCGACUCUCUCUCAUCACUGUUCCAAGAUGGCAGAUUUUUAUUGAGUUUUGAACACACAGCUCGCGUUCUCCUCUGCCAUGUAUAACAGAAACCCUUGCACCGAUGGCCCCUGUAUACGAAGGUAUGGCCUCGCAAGUGCAAGUGUUCUCCCCACACACGCUCCAGUCAAGUGCCUUCUUUAGCGUGAAGAAACUGAAGGUGGAGCAGAGCUGCAACUGGGAUAUGACAGGGUACGGCACGCACAGCAAAGUCUACAGCCACAACAGCAGCAAGAACGUGUCGGCCGCCAGUGGUGCCCUCGGCAUCAACAGCUCCCUGCAGGUCGCCAGCUCCACCCUCUACGAGCAGGCGCUCAUCUUCCCAGCCAGCGCGGGCCACAUCGUGGUCACCUCAGCCAGCAGCACCUCAGGGGCCCUCGGGUCUCUGCUGGGCAGCGGGGGUGGAGGCAGCAGCAGCAACAGCAGUGGUGGUGGAGGCGGCGGCGGCGGCAGUGGCGGCGCGGUUGGUGUUCACAACCUGACACGCCGCAGUACGGUCAGUCUCCUAGAUACCUACCAGCGAUGCGGGCUUAAACGCAAGAGUGAGGAGCUUGAUAACAACAGCAGUGUGCAGAUCAUUGAGGAGCACGGUCCGCCAAUGAUCCAGAACGGAGCGGCCAGCGGGGCCACGGUGGCCACGGUGGCCACCGCCACCUCCACAGCCACGUCCAAAAACAGUGGCUCCAACAGCGAGGGGGACUACCAGCUGGUGCAACACGAGGUGCUGUGCUCCAUGACCAACACCUACGAGGUCCUGGAAUUCUUGGGGCGGGGAACCUUUGGGCAGGUGGUCAAGUGCUGGAAGAGGGGCACCAACGAGAUCGUGGCCAUCAAGAUCCUGAAGAACCACCCGUCGUACGCGCGGCAGGGUCAGAUCGAGGUCAGCAUCCUGGCGCGCCUGAGCACGGAGAGCGCGGACGACUACAACUUUGUGAGGGCCUACGAGUGCUUCCAGCACAAGAACCACACGUGCCUGGUGUUUGAGAUGCUGGAGCAGAACCUGUACGACUUCCUCAAGCAGAACAAGUUCAGCCCGCUGCCGCUCAAAUACAUCAGGCCCGUGCUCCAGCAGGUGGCCACGGCGCUGAUGAAGCUGAAGAGCCUGGGGCUGAUCCACGCCGACCUGAAGCCGGAGAACAUCAUGCUCGUGGACCCGUCUCGACAGCCCUACAGGGUCAAAGUCAUUGACUUUGGCUCGGCCAGCCAUGUGUCCAAAGCGGUGUGCUCUACUUAUCUGCAGUCCAGAUACUACAGGGCUCCGGAGAUCAUCCUGGGCCUGCCGUUCUGUGAGGCCAUCGACAUGUGGUCCCUGGGCUGCGUGAUAGCCGAGCUCUUCCUCGGAUGGCCCCUCUACCCUGGAGCCUCGGAGUAUGAUCAGAUCCGGUACAUCUCACAGACACAGGGUCUGCCCGCGGAGUAUCUGCUGAGCGCAGGCACGAAGACCACCAGGUUCUUCAACAGGGACCCGGAUUCCACCUAUCCCCUCUGGAGACUGAAGACUCAGGAGGACCACGAGGGCGAAACAGGGAUCAAGUCCAAGGAGGCCCGCAAGUACAUCUUCAACUGUUUGGAUGACAUGGCGCAGGUGAACAUGACGUCGGAUCUGGAGGGCAGCGACAUGCUGGCGGAGAAGGCCGACCGGAGGGAGUUCAUCGAUUUGUUGACCAAGAUGCUGACCAUCGACGCGGACAAGAGGAUCACCCCCAUCGAGACGCUCAACCACCCCUUUGUGACCAUGUCCCAUCUCCUCGAUUUCCCCCACAGCACACAUGUGAAGUCAUGCUUCCAAAACAUGGAGAUCUGCAAGCGCCGUGUCAACAUGUACGACGCGGUCAACCAGAGCAAGACGCCCUUUAUCACCCACGUGGCCCCCAGCACCUCCACUAACCUCACCAUGACCUUCAACAACCAGCUGAACACUGUGCACAGCCAGGCCACCAACCUGGCUCCCUCCUCCACCAACAAUGCCACCCUUUCCUUUGCAAGUCCCGAUGUCUCCAUACUAAACUACCAAUCUGCACUCUACCAGCCCUCAGCUGCCUCCAUGGCAGCCGUGGCCCAGAGGAGCAUGCCCAUGCAGCCGGGAGCGCCUCAGCUCUGUGCCGCCCGGCCCGACCCCUUCCAGCAGGCGCUCAUCGUCUGCCCGCCUGGCUUCCAAGGGCUGCAGGCGUCCCCUUCCAAGCACACCGGUUACUCUGUGCGGAUGGAGAACGCCGUUCCCAUAGUGACGCAGGCCCCUGGUGCCCAGCCCCUGCAGAUCCAACCUGGUCUGCUCACACAGCAGGCCUGGCCCAGCGGCACCCAGCAGAUCCUGCUGCCUCCAGCCUGGCAGCAGCUCACCCACACCUCGGUCCAGCAUGCCACUGUCAUCCCGGACUCCAUGAGCAGCACACAGCCUCUCGCCAACUGGAGGAAUUCCCACCCUCAUGGAAGCCAUUAUAAUCCCAUCAUGCAGCAGCCAGCCUUGCUGGCCGGCCACGUCACGCUCCCAUCCAACCCGACGCUUAAUGUGGGAGUGGCACAUGUCAUGAGGCAGCACUCGACCAAUAACAACUCCUCUUCCAAAAAGAGCAAACAGCACCAGAUGUCUGCCAGGAACAUGUCGGCCUACGAGGUGUCAUCCUCCCAGGCCGUGCUGUCCCCGCAGCGCUCCAAGAGGGUGAAGGAGAACACGCCCCCGCGUUGCGCCGUGCUACAGAACGGCUCGGCCCCCAACUGUCCGCCCCCACUGCUGUGUGGCGGCAGCGGCGGCGGCGGGUGGGGGGCCGGCGAAGCAGAGCAGGCCUCCAGCACCACCCGCGACCAUCAGCACCAGCACCACGUCCCCAGACAGACCAUCAUCAUCCCCGACACGCCCAGCCCCGCAGUCAGCAUCAUCACCAUCAGCAGCGACACAGAUGAGGAGGAUGACCACAAACAAAAGAAAAGCUCAUCCUCCAAGCAGAGGAAGAAUGUCAUCAGCUGCGUGACGGUGCACGAUUCGCCGGACUCGGACUGCUCCAGCAACAACAGCCCCUACACGGUGGAGUCCCGGCGCCCCAACAACAACAGCUACGACACAAAGACCACCAUACUGGACAACUACAACAACGGGAACCCCCGCACCAUCAUCAUCCCCCCUCUCAAAACGCAGAACAGCGAGAUCCCGAUUGACUGUGAGCGCCUGAUGCCAGGUCUGUAUCCCUUCUCCUGUGCAGAUGCAAUGAACCAUCAAAAUUCAGCUUACAAGUUCAAAUCCUCCAACGGAGUGGUGUCUGGAAACAAUCACAUACCGGGCGGCGUCACUGGAGGCGUGUCGUACCGACAGCAGCGCUCAGGGCCACACCACCUCCAGCAGCAGCCUCUCAAUCUCAGCCAGGCCCAGCAGCACAUGGUAGCAGAGCGAAACGGAGCUCAUCGGCGCCAGCAGGCCUACAUCACGCCCACCAUCGCCACCCAGGCCCCGUACUCCUUCCAUCACAGCAGCCCCUCCCAUCACGCGGGCAACGUCCACCCGCACCUGGCCGCCACGCACCUGCCCAGCCAGCCGCACCUCUACACCUACACGGCCCCGGCUGCCCUGGGCUCCUCGGGCACGGUGGCCCACCUGGUGGCGUCGCAGGGCACGGCCCGCCACGCGGUCCAGCACGGGAGCUACCCGCCGGGCAUCGUCCACCAGGUCCCGGUCAGCAUGGGCCACCGCGUGUUGCCCUCGCCCACCCUCCACCACAGCCACCAGUACCAGGCCCAGUUUGCCCACCAGGCCUACAUCAGCGCCUCGCCCGCCUCCACUGUCUACACUGGAUACCCGCUGAGCCCCACCAAGGUCAACCAAUACCCUUACCUCUAAGAGAAGACACUGACUGUCACUGGAGAGCCUGACCCAGCACUGCUGCUUCCCCCCCCCCCGGACCCAACCCGCCCCUGAACCCGUGUCCACGUCCCAAACAUCCUCUCCUCAACCUCAAGACAUAAACAGAGACGGAGGAACAUGCAAUCCUCAUGAAACUUCACAUGAAACUUGAAGAUAUGUCGACAGAGAGAAAAAGAAAGGAACAAAGAUUCACAGCGUCUCUGGAAAGGAACGACGGGGGUUGCAUUUUUAGAGGGGGGGGCUACAGUUGGAGAUGUUUUCUUUGCGUCUUGUUUUUCUUCUUCUCCUUCCUGAAAGGGCCAGUCUUUUUGCUUUUUAUUUAGUCUGUUCUUCGCUUUAUUUCACGAGGAAGGAUAAUGUCUCCUUAGUUUCCCGGGGAGGCUCUGAACGAGGCCUUUUGGGACAAGUGGAGAUUUUCGUUUUUCUUUUGUUUUCCCCUCUUACAUUAGGGAAGUGACUGUUGAACAGGGGUUACUGACUGGAAGUCUGGAAAUCCCAAGAGACCUGGGAGAAGGUGAAAUACGGAAACCUGCUGCUCUUCAAAGAAAAAAAAAAAAAAAAUAUUGAUGGCCUUGAACUGUCUUAAUAUUUCCAAAUCAUUCAUGGCGUGGGGAGAAACGAAAGGCAUCCCCCCCCCCACCCCCCACUCCACCUUCUCCAGUCAAGGAGGCUUCUGGAAAUAUAACCAACAGAAGACAGACAAACUUUUUAGUGUAUUUAUAGAUAUUUUAUUUUAUUCUCCUUUUUGUUUCACCGUUUCGAUGAUUCUUCAGUUUUAGCUGCGUGUCUUAGCUGGGCCCCGUUCUUAGAAUGUAGCAGUCAGCACCAGUUGGUUUGUUUGGGUUUUUGUUUUUGUUUUUUCCCCCCUGAUACCAAUAGAUUUAUAUUUGUUCCUCUCUUUUUUCAAUGUGAUUGCACAAAGUGGUUAUAAUAACAUAGGCAUGUACAACGUGAUUGUCUGUGUGUGCUACUGUCAGCCAUGCGUGUGCGGUCCGAUUCCUCAGAACCCCUCCUCAGUCUUUAGUCCCUUUGAUCGUUGUUCCCUCGUAGUGCCUUACAGAUAAAACAACACAGUUUACUUGGCUUGGAUCCUGAAAAGCCACAAGAGACUUUAGCUAUACUUAGAGAGACGCGCUUUCCCUGGUCGGACAUCCUCCGCCUCCUCCUCGUCACCCUCGUCGUCGUCGGGGGGGGGGGGCAGUUGUAGCUCUUCUCUUCCAGGUGUAGGCUCAGAGCGCCCCCUUGCUGUUUUCUCUCGCCGUCAGAAGACGGCCAACCGCGGGAUGACGGAGAUCAAGGUCAAGAGUUGGUAUCACGCUGAGCCAUUUCACGAUGUGUGCAUGAUGGGAUAACUUGCCUGGGACACUUACCAAAGUCGUAGAUAGAAAAAUUCUUGUGACGUCCACUCUGGAUAUUGUAGUGUAAAUAUGACAAAUGUACAGUACGGCUGUAGCUGUAAAAAGCCGACACCUGGCUUUUAGUUUGGCACAUACUUGUUAGUUUGUUGUUGUCGUUUUCAUCACACAAGGGAAUGCAUGCAUGGCGACGAUACAGAGCAGAGACGUGAGCUCGGAUUUCCAUGUACAGUACGGGGAAUGAGCUGCAGUACAAUGUUCGCGGCGCGUUAGAGGCGGUAAUCUCGUUUUGUGGUUUUUUAAGGUUAAAAGCUAGUCCGUAAGAAGGGCCUGACAGAAAGUGAUUGUUGCCAUGAGGUGGGGGGAGGUGGGGGGGGGGAGUCUGUUGAGGCCAGAGAUGGAGCCUGGCUGCGGCAAAGAGUGUAUCGGGACGGAGCUCAUUUGAGAGGGAUACUGUGUGAGGCACGAGCGAAGGGGCCGGUGGAAAGCAUAGGGGUCAAUUUAGGUAGGGAGGUGCGGAGGAGGGCGGGGUGGAACUCUCUCUAUCUUAAAUGGGACAUAAAAUGGUAGCAAGUUGGCACUGAGCAGGUUGACAGUAACACUGAGCCCGGGGCGGCGGGCAGGAGCCGCGGCGGCCACUUACCGCGCCUGAAUGCGCGCCCGCAAUUCGAAAUUGGUUUAUUUUUUGGGGCUGUCGCCGUUCUGUUUUUCUCCAAGCAAAGAUAAUCGCAAGUCAUUUGUGGCGUUUUGGGGUUCGGUGUCGCCGAGUUUGCAGAGGGCUGCCGCUGUGCGACGACAGAAGCAGGAGGGAGGGAAGAAGGCCGCGAGCAGCAUACACCUGGAAGGGAACCGCGUGGACGGUUUGUUGCCACUGUCCAUCUGUCUUCGGAAAAAAAACACACACACACAAACCCCCCACAGAUACACCACAGACGAUGCCACGCCAGUCGGAAGGGAGACCCCCCCCCCCCCGGAACACGUCAGAGAACCAAUAGGGAUGUCGCUUUGUGUGUCUGCUGCUUGAUUUCAACAUGUAUUCUCGUAGCCGAGGAUAGAAAUGAUCUCCUAAUGUUCAUCUGUCCUCUGGAACGUGGGCACGUGAGAACUCUUAGCGAAGGCCCUCCCCCUCUCCGUCACGGUAUGCCAUUGUACUCGCAUUUGAAGUGGUUCUUUUGUUUUCUCUGUUUUUGUUUUUUAACUUAACAUUAUCUUGAACUUUGUUUGACAUGGCCGUAGUACAUGUUGUGUUUCUUUUAGAGAUUGUUGCAAUAAUUCUUGUGGAUGUGUGUGUGUGUGUGUGUGUGUGUGUGUUUUUAUUAAAUGUCAGGCUCAUUUCUAUUUUGUAACCUAUGGGCGGGGGGGGGGGGGGGGGGGGGGGGGGCGGGGGGGGGGGGGGGGGGGCGGGGUUGUUGUACAGUGAUAUUUAGUAUUCCUUGGAAGUGUUGCAACACUGCUGAUGAUAGUCAAGUGUUGAGUUGAUGGUAAAUCCAACGGGGGGCUCUAGAGGGCGAGUGGUCUUUCAUCCUCGUACUUGCCCCCCCCAAAAAAAACCCUCACCACUCCCCAGUCAGCAUGCAAAGCCUCACAUAGUACGUUGCUGGUUACAUCUUCUCUAUUCUGUUGUUGUCUUUGUUAUUUGAUUUGCUUAAUUUUCUCCUCUCGGUCAUUUGGGGCCUAAGCACAUGUGCAUUAGGGAGACGAUCUUCUUCUCGUUUUUUCUCCACUGAAAUCUUUUGGCUCCUCUGUUUUAUGAGACAGACUACUGAAACAUUCCACUGUUUGAGGGGAAUUUGGUGUUCUUACCCAUGCUUACACUGCUGUCUUAUCCGGCCUCGUCAGCACGGCGAUGGUGUCGCCACGCUCUUUUUCGACCUUUUCGCCACUCGUCCCACCAAAGAAUGAAACCGAUUGACCAUGUACAGCACAGCACAGUACAAGCAAUCCUCUCUACACACAACCAUUGCUAGAGCAGAUGGGCAAUAACUUCUUGGUCUUGUUGUUCUUUUUACCCCCCCCCCCCCCCCAUAACCCCUGCCUGUCUGUUUUUUUGGGAGCUUUGUUUUGCUUUCAUCACCCGACACACUUGGCUGAACGAUGAGUAAUUAUCUAACCUCUCUCUCCAAAAUUGUUUUGUAGGACAGUUUAUGUUUUAUGUUGUUCACGUCGUGUCGUAGCUUUAUCGGUGUUGUGCGGGGGGAAAAAAAAAAUGAAUUUGUAAAAGGAAAAAGAAAAAAAGUUUUGUUUUAUAUUAGCGUGCCAUGGGAUAGAAUGACCUGUUAGAAAUGAAUUAAUCAAAAAAGAAGAAGAAAAAAAAAAAAGCACCAACUAUACCUUUAAAAAACCACGGUCACCUGCGAAAAAUGAAUGUAAUAGGACGUGACCCUGCGACCCCGGAAACGGCUUCGCACCCUCUCCUCGGUGGGUGACCAUUUCAUUUGAUUUCUACUCUGUUGUGUGCACCAUGCAAUAAUUAUACACCUGAUCCGCAGCAAAAAAAAUAACAGAUAAUGCAAAAAUCACCUGUGUCCUCGUGAAUAGGGGGUUUGGAGAAUAACCACCGUUUUCUCAGAUGGGACAUCGAAUUCGGAGAAGCCCCAAGGAAGUAACUCGACGUCUAUGACACCUUCGACUGUCACACAACCGAUGUUGGAAUCAGAAAUGUGAGCAUCAACGUCGAUCGAGUGACCUUGCAAUUACCAAAAUGUUCUGCAGUAGAGUGUAAAACAUUGUUUUUGUGCUGUUGAGCUGAGCCUUCCCAUCGAGCGACUUUAUUAUUAAUAGCGCUGCCUUCUAGAAAGAAAAAGAAAAAAAACAAACAACAAUACCUCUAAAGCUUUAAGUUGACAUUAUUAAAAUGAGAGAAAAAUUAAUAAGGCAGCGUCUCGCUCUCUCUCUCACAACACACACACAUGCAAACCUGGCGUUCUUCUUAUUUAAUACGCUCAAAUCUUCCAAGUUUUGCUCACGACGCUCUCGCCUGAGGGUGACUGACAGACACCUCGCAACACAAACCAACCGUCAGAGUCAUUGUGGCAAAGUCACAGCUGCUUCCCAAAGUACCAAUAGGUGUAGGAGUAGGUGUAGAUGUGGAUUAAUCACGUGCUGAUAUGUAUUUUUUUUUGGGGGGGGGGGCUUCUUUUUUACCUUUGUUGGGGAGAUCUGUUCCUUUAUGCUGGCUAUUCCUUGGGGGAAUUCAGGGGGGGAGGUGGUCAAGGUUUGAUGCCAUCGCCGAUUACAGGGUGUCAGGCGAUGGCAAACGAAUGACGUCAACAACCAAAACCAAUUUGGCCGCUAUCCGUUUUAUCCGCUAAUUUCCCGAUUGCAUCUCCUCGAACGAGUAGACGAGUCGGUUAUUCUUGUAGUGUUUCAAAUCGAAUGGACGGAAUCUGAAAGUGGUAGACCAAAGUUACGUUCAAAUGCGGAUUCUUUUUUUUCUCCGUUGCCCGUUCACACUACGACAGUAUCCAUCUUGACCUCGAGGUCAUGGUCCGACUGAAGGCCGGUGUGGCUGAAGUGCGUCGACAAGAAGCGACGCACCAUCUUGAUUCACGCUUUGUCUGAAGACCUAAGAGAGCAUCAAACCCUGACCAGCUCUUGUGUCCAUUGCUGGUUGGUUCCUCGACGGUGUAAAAUCUCAUUCGUUGUCGAUAAAAAGCUAUCGUGUGCUGCAGUAUUUUCCUAAUAUAAUUCUCUGUUAACUGUCUUUUUCUUAUUUACUUUUUCUGUUUAUCGGGGUGUGAUGUCUCAUUAUUUCAAUCUGUUUGACGUAGCGUUCUAUGUAUACCCUCUUCCUUAGCCUAAUAUUAUUAAUAUUAUUAAGUAUGUUAUGAGGAUAUUUUACUGGCUUUAUAGAAUGUUUAAAUAACUAUAAUAACGACAAUAAGAAGAAGGAUUAAUUAAAAACCUCCUAACAAGUUGAGUACUUGCUACUAAGCGCUUGUGUUACCAUUAUGAUGUUGUGUGCUUCUCUUAAUCAUUUUCGUUGUAGAAAAAUGGAGUGGAUUUUAUUAUUAGGCUUCGGGAAAAAAAAAACUAAUGAUAGCAUUGUAAAUUUCACGGGAGGAAUUUCAACGGGCAAAAAGCGGCUUCGUCAAAUAGAAGAGUAUAGCUAUUUUAAUCGUCCUCUUUGACUAACUGUAGGGUGAGAAGGGGCUUGCGUUGUGGUGAACUAUGUUAUAGCUUGUUAUUCACUGUUACUUUUGAUCAUUUUUUCGGUCUCCGAGGUGAAUCGAGUUAUUAAUGAGAAUUUGUAUGCUCACAUAUGCAUAUUGUAUAUGUGUAGAAAUGUAAUCACACUUUGUCUUGGAUUUACAUUAAAACUGUUAAGUCACGGCA